AUGGAGGAUAUGGAGGGUAAAGUGUGCGCUGGAAUUGGGUGUAAUAACCAGGCGAAACUUCGCUGUCCGACAUGCAUCAAAAUGUCGCUGCCGGACUCGUAUUUCUGCGAUCAAUCAUGCUUCAAAUCGAAUUGGGCUGUUCACAAGUUUACUCACACCGAUUUGAAUGGUCCCUACAAUCCGUGGCCCUACUAUUCGUUCUCUGGGAGCCUUCGUCCGGCCCGCUUAUCGGAUCGCCGAGUUGUUCCCGAUCAUAUUCCGCGUCCAGACUACGCCAUCCAUCCGCACGGCGUUUCGCUCGAAGAACGCCAAGAGAAGAGCGAGCGAAUCGUCAAAGUGCUCACCGACGAGGAGAAGGAGGGUCUUAAAGUCGCCUGUAAGCUGGGAAGAGAGUGUCUGGAUGAAGCUGCGAGAGCCUGCGAGCCAGGCGUCACCACCGACGAAAUUGAUCGGGUUGUUCACGAGGCGGCUAUUGAACGCGACUGCUAUCCAAGCCCGUUGGGCUACUACCAAUUCCCAAAAAGUUGCUGCACAUCAGUGAACGAGGUGAUUUGCCACGGGAUUCCCGACAUGCGCAAAUUGGAAAACGGCGAUAUUUGCAAUGUCGAUGUUACCGUCUAUCAUCGCGGUUUUCACGGCGAUCUCAAUGAAACGUUUCUCGUCGGCGACAAAGUCGAUGAGGAGUCGCGAAAGUUGGUGAAGGUCACCUAUGAGUGCCUUCAGCAGGCAAUUGCCAUCGUGAAACCCGGCGUGAAAUUCCGCGAAAUUGGAAAUGUGAUUCAGAAGCACGCGAACAACAACGGAUUCUCGGUCGUCAAAUCGUAUUGCGGCCACGGAAUCCAUCGACUUUUCCACACGGCGCCAAGUGUUCCACAUUAUGCAAAGAAUAGCGCAAUUGGUGUAAUGAAGGCGGGAAACUCGUUCACCAUCGAGCCGAUGAUCAACGCCGGCACCUAUCACGACGACAAAUGGCCGGAUGACUGGACGGCGGUUACGCGCGACGGGAAACGAUCGGCGCAAUUCGAGCAGACGCUUCUCGUCACCGACACCGGCUGCGAGGUGUUGACCGCGCGCGAGUCGCGUCGCCCGUGGUUCAUGGAUCAAAUCGAGCAGAACUACGCGAAAUAA